AUGGCCGAAGAUGAUGCUGUCAGUUUCAGCAUUGGAGUCACAGAUAUUCUUUUAUGGAUUUGGUCUCUGUUACCCUUUGAGAUAAAAAGCUAUGUUUGGAUGUGGAUUCUGACGAUUCUCGGAAUCAUCUUAUUGAUCCUUUGUUGUUGUGGGAUUUGUUUCUGUGCCCCUCCAUGCAUUUGUGCAGUUUGGUUAGAGAAGAGACGAAGAAGAAAAAAUGCUGACAAAAAGGCGAUGGCAUUUGUGACGGAAAAACGGUAUCUCCGUGAACCCUCGGCUCCUCCGCUUCUCAAUGUA